UACCAUGAAAGGUUUGGUCAUCAAAAUAAACAACAUGUGAAGAAUAUUUUAAAAGGAAUAAACAUUAAUGUGAAAGAUGCCAAGAGUGAAUUUUGUGACGGCUGUGCGGUUGGAAACAUGCAUAGGCUGCCAUUCAAAACACGAACAAUACGCGCUAUCAGUACUGGUGAAUUAAUCCACGCGGAUGUCAAUGGACGAAUGAGCACGAAAUCUUUUGGAGGAUCUUCGAGAAAGAACUACACACGAUGACUGCAACACAGCCGAAAAUACUUUGCGUCGGGAUGAUUUGUGUCGACGAACUGUUGUACUGCAAAAGUUAUCCAAUCGAAGAUUCCGACCAGAGGAUUCUGGAUCGACAACAGAGGACUGGUGGAAAUGCUGCAAAUAACUGUGCAGUCCUGGCUGAGCUGAAGGUGAAAUGUGACUUGCUCGGAACGCUCAGCAGCAAUUCGAGAUACACCAGUUUUGUUAAAGAGGACCUUGGAUCUUAUGGCCUCAGUUGCGACCUGUGUGAAUUAAUUGAAGGCCAAGAGUUACCAAUAUCGACUUGUAUCAUCAAUGCAGAAAAUGGUACACGAACCAUCCUGCACUACCGCAAGGACUGGCCGGAGGCAUCUUAUGAAGCAUUCCUGAAAAUCGACCUCUCACAGUACUCUUGGAUUCAUUUCGAGGGGCGUAAUAUAGAUGAAGUAAAGAAAAUGAUAAAAAGAAUUGUUGAAUGGAACAACGAACAUGCCGAAGGCUAUGGAAUAACAAUAUCUAUUGAAGUGGAGAAGAAACGAGACAAUUUACUGGAGUUAAUUCCACUUGGAGAUCUUGUAAUCAUAAGCAAAGAUUUUGCUAGGUUACAGGGAUUUAACACGAUGUCUCAAGCGGUUGAUGGUCUCUUUGGACUCCUGAAACAUGGGGCGACCCUGGUGGUGCCUUGGGGAGAAGAUGGCGCGGCUGCAAAAGGUCCUGAGGGCUUCUUCUUGGUUCCCGCCUGCCCUCCAGAGCGCGUGUUGGACACGCUUGGCGCUGGAGACACCUUCUGCGCCGCGCUGCUGUCAGCGCUAUCUGGCGGCCGCCCGCUGCAACACAGCCUGCGAUACGCCUGCGAGGUUGCUGGUGCCAAGGUCGGCAUGCAUGGAUACCGCGGACUUCGGGAUGUUCUCAGGAAACGAAGAAUAACUGUGGACCAUUAACCAUCAACCAUAUUAUUAUCAACUUUUAAGACUGACUGGGACAGAAAUUAUGCUACAUUUACAUCUGUAUCCCACAAGCAAUCGUUCAGCGUGUGGCGGUGUGUGUGUGUAGGGUGCCACUGUAAUCACGUGUCCUCCCACCUUCUCUUAUUCUAUUCGUAGGUGACAUUAUUCCUCAAUAUAAGCCUAAUUUUCUGCAAUUUUAUUUUCCUGGUCGUUGUGUGCGAUACAAGUGGAUGUGUUUAUGAAUCCAUAUUCGUUUUGAAACCUUCAUUUUGAUAACUUUAAUAUUAAAAGAGACUGUGAUGCAUGACGCGUUUUUUUGUAAUAUUUCCCACAGCCGAUUCUUGUUCAAAAUGGUUCAAAUGGCUCUGAGCACUAUGCGACUUAACUUCUGAGGUCAUCAGUCGCCUAGAACUUAGAACUAAUUAAACCUAACUAACCUAAGGACAUCACACACAUCCAUGCCCGAGGAUUCGAACCUGCGACCGUAGCGGUCGCUCGGCUCCAGACUGUAGCGCCUAGAACCGCACGGCCACUCUGGCCGGCUAGAUUCUUGUGCAUUUGUUUUUUACACUUGGUUUCACUUUCAAGUCUAUGACAAUUUGCACAAGUCGUCUCUGAAUCUUUUCAGUUUUCUUUUCAUAAUACUACUUUGUAAUGGCUCUAUAUUAAUUCAAAACACUGAAGAAUCUGUUAGACAAAAAUUUUGUAAGUGACUUCCUUUGUGCUUGACUCAUGCUUAGGAUUAUUCUAGUUAUUAGCUAUGUGCCAUUAAUUUUCCCUGCAAAGUAGAUAUAAAUGUUUCACUUAAAUCGUACUGGAGGAGUAUUCUCCUGUGUAGACUGAUUUCGCUGAUGGGGUAGUUUAAGAACAUGGAAUCUUUUCGCAAAUUUACCUGCAUUAAGCGUUCAUGACAUUUAUUUAUUUUGAGGAUAGCUACCAUUUUAUAUACCAGGUGUUGUUAUCACGAUGUCUUCUUACAGUUUACUCAUGAGUGUAUAAAAAUGUAUUGUCUGAAGUUACCUACCACGUCUUUCAUAAGAUGUCUCCCCUUUGAGAAAGACAUACUGCGUUUUGUAUGAUAGAGAGUCCAUAAUACAAUCGAUCGCAUACCUCUUCUGAUAUGGGCAAGUAUUUUAUUUAUUAGGCGACAGAGUGGAACUGUAAUGAACGCUUUUUGGGAAUCAGUAUACAGGGAAUUAGCAAGCUCCACUGCCUGCUGGAUCUCGAGUACAAACAGAGUGAACUUACUUUCUCACUUUUGAAGACAUGACUCCCAUACUGUGAAAGGACAAUGAAUAUCAAACAUUACAAGAAGUCUUUUGUUUAUAAAAAA